AUGUUCUGGCGGCUGAUCCCAAUUGGCAAUCGUACGUCAAACAAGCUGCGACACGACACUUUGCUCGAUUGCAACAACAACUUGGAGCCACUGAUUGAACAAGGCGCCAGUGUGGAUUUCCUCUUCAUCCAACAACGCGUACCGGCCGCUAUCGCCAAGCUCUCGGAUCGUGCUCCACAGUACAACGCCGACGUGACUCGAGGCUCGCGCGAGACGCUGAAUCCAAAGGCUCCAAGUUACCUCGCAUCGGCACUGUACGGCUUGUCUCGAGACCUCGCACUCGGUCUGGCGCACCGUGGCAUUCGCGCCAAUGCCAUCGCUCGUGGUCGCGUGCCGACCGAGCUGCGGAACGGUCUAGCGCAACCACACACAUCGCAUCUGCUCAAAUCAAUCGGCGACAUCCUGCUAGCCGGAAGAAUGCAUACGUAUACUUGUGACCGACCGUCGAUGUAG